ACGAUGUAAUCGAUACCGUCUCCAGCCACCACAUUCCCUGUCUGUUGAUCCCCGUCAGGUGCGGUAUCUGACCUGUCACCGGAUAUUCGACCCUAAUCACAGGUAGGCGUACGACUCCGCCCAUUAGGAGGACCAUGAUGGUAUCACAGUACAUGACCCUGUGUCUUCAAUACCCGACGAGCAUGAAACCCGCUAAACUACGUCACACGUCAAAACAAUCCAGGACCAAGGAUGACUCAUCCAGGGUUUCUGCGAAGUGACGUAACCGAAGCCGAAGCAUCAUGAUUCUCUGACACUGGAUGCUUCCAUUACCAGCCCGGGGGUGAGCAGUUCUGCCGAUGAGGCCAUGCUCAUAGACAGCGAUAAUGAGAAUGAUAUUCCUGACAUGGAGCCAUUGGAUAACAGAGUACUAAAGGAUGUUGUGGCUUAUGUUGAAGUCCGAACAAAAACGGAGAAUCGUUCAAACAGCGUCAGGAAACAGCUGGAGCGUCUUGGGGCAACGGUUGUGAUGAGGUUCACUAAUGAUGAGCCGGUAACCCACGUCAUUUGGAAAGACGGCAAGAAGAGUACUAAGGACAAGGCACUGAAGAGAGGGCUACAUCUGGUCUCGGUGCUGUGGGUGGACAGUUGCAAGAGGAAUCAACAACAUGUGGCUGAGUCUAUAUUUCCUGUGACUGAAACAGACAAUGGUAGUCCAGUUAUCAUUCCAAGGAUAAAGCGUUUGAAGUCCAUGCAGCCCAAAUCAUUUGAGGAAGAUGUCCAGAGUAGCACAGAGAGAGCAGCUAGGAAGAGAAAGAGGAAGGCUCUCGUACAACCCUUAAAUAUCCGUCUGAACUCGCCCGGUUUAGCGUCAUCCAACAAGCCUCAUGUCUACGUUGAAGAGACUCAAGAUCCCUACACACCAGUUGGAACCCCUCAGCUACCUGGGAUAAAGUUGACUCCUUCGUUAAUCCCUGACACACCGGCAAGUAUGAGGGCGUGCUUAGACGCACUCAGUCGUGUCCGAAACAGUGGCAGUACGCGCAUAUCAGAGAGACUGACCGUUGGUGACUCACCAACAUCCGGCGCAAAGCCAGAUAUUCUGCAGAAGAAAUUAAGUUUCAGUCCGUCGGUUGACACAGAAUCUACGUCCGCACCCAGCACUGAGGCUACAAAUGCAAAAUCUGCAGACAGGAAUAAGAAGAAAGGUCGAAGGUCAGAAGCAAUCCAAGGGUCAGCCAAGAAGGUCUCCCCUAAGAUGCGAAGAUUAUCGCUACGAAUCGAGACCAAUUUGAGCGAGCUCGAAGCAGAUGAAGACAGCUGCCUUAAAGCAAUGGACCAUCCCGAUCCAAAAACAACAUUAGCUCAGAGAAAUCUGAUCCCUCUGUCCAAGAAAUCUGGGAAUCAAUCAGAUCCAUCCAAAACCAGAACGACUAAGAACGUCUCUUUUAUAAAAGAGCAGUCUGAUUCACGUCCCGAGCCCGCGAUGCCGAGCCAGAGAAAGCGUAAACUUCUGUCAUCCAACGCGGACGCUGGGCUGAAUCAGGUUCUAACUGAGCCAACUAAAUCCAGCAAGAAGGAAAACCAACCAAAGGAGUUUAGACGUUCCUCUAAGUCGUCUAGAAAACUCAGCGAGAAGUUCGACAGGGAUUGCGGGAGCUCAGACCUCUCAGAGAAACAACAAGGAGACCAGACUGAGAACACUUCAGAGAUCUCAAAAGGGCUGGAGAAACGGAAGAAAGAGCCCAGGCGCUCUUCUAAGUCAUCUAAGAACCUUGGUGAGAAAUUCAACAACUCGAGGGACAGUAAAAUUAUUCCUACAGGCCAAUCCAAUAACCAAAGUGGUGACUUGACCGACAGAUCUCCUAACCAAGAUGAACUUGUGUUGACCUCGAUCAAGACAUCCGAGGGUAAGAAGUCUUCCAGGGGGGUGAAGGGAACAAGGAAGAGAAAGACGGAUGAUUUAUCAUCGGGUUCAUCGGAGGAAGAAACUGGGAAAGCCGCAAAGAAGAGAAAAGCUGAUACAAAAGAAGUCUUGCCAGCAUCGUCAACAGAGGGACCCCACGCACCAAGCAAAGGUGGUGUCACAUCAAGCAGAAGAAGCCUUGAUGACUUCUCCCAGCGAAAAAAACGUAUCGGCCGUCUCAAGACCAAAGGACGAUCCAAGCCCCGUGGCAACAGGACUGUCUCCUUAGCAACCCCGCGUCCGGAUACCCGAGAGAGCAGCAGUGAAGACGACAUCUCAGCGAUCUUGAGAGGGAAAAAGGGAAGUCGAUCAUUGUCUCUGAUCAGCAAGUUUUGGUUAGACUCUUCAUCAGAUGGUUCAGAGAGUAGUGUUUGUCGUGAGAAGGGCGCACGGCAAGGCAAGAGUAAAACCAGCAAGAAGGGAAAGCAGAGUAAGCCCUCUCUUGUGAUGACCAGUAUUCAUGGGGGUGAUCAAGACCUGGUCCUGUCAGUCGUCAAGAAACUCAAAGGCUUCAGUGUAGAAGAGAGGGUUUCAACGACAACAACGCAUAUCGUCUGUGGUGAGAACCGACGGACGUUGAACGUCCUACGAGGUAUCGCCAGAGGUUGCUGGUUCCUGUCCUUAGAAUGGGUACUGAAGUCAUUAGAAGCAGAGAAAUGGCUUCCUGAAGAAAAUUAUGAAAUAAAGGAUUUUUUCCCAUCAGCCAAGAUGGCAAGAUUAGAACGUUCCAGCUCCACAGACUCCUUCAAGCAAGAUCUCUUCUCCACCAUGGGAGCGGUCUUCAUUAGGGACACAACAAGCCCACCCAAGGCAGACCUGACGGAGUUACUAGAACUCUGCUGUGGGCAGACAUGUAGCAAUGUUAAACAAGCUAGUAUAUGCAUCGGGGGAGUGAAGAAUCAACAAAAUGAAGUACCAGUUGUUUCAGAAAGGUGGUUGUUAGACUGUGUAACUCAACAUCGGCAACUUCCAUUUGAAGACUACCUGCUAUGAGUGUGACAUAACUCUUUGCGUCACGUUCAACAAGAAAUAUCCGAUUCGGCUGUUAUGAAAACCUGACUUCUUUCAUCAUCCACGGCUCACCACAAUUCCAGAGAACGCCCUCUACUGGUGGAAUGGUGACAUGUAUGUAGUGUUGAGUCUGCAUGGUUUACUAAAAUGAACACCUUGGACCAAGACUAAAGAGCAAUCAGUUAUUGAUACUCAAUGGAAUGGAAUGAGUUUCUUUGAAGGGUUUAGGUGUCAUUCCUGCAACGAGAUAAUCCAACCGUUAGAGAUUAAAUCUUUAUAAUUUUUUAUAAUUUAAAAUUUUGUUCCUUUCUUGGGUACGAUAUUUGGUGAUUGAUGAUCGCCCUUCCAGCAGGAGAUCUUCCAGUGAUACUUAUGUUGUCAAAAUUCAGUGCUCAUGGGUUUUCAGUUAGGACUUUGUGUAAAAUCGAUUUAAAAAAUGUAUGCACAAGAAAAGGAGCAAACUGCCUUGUAACCGUAUUACUCAUUCACUUUCAACCUAUCUUUAUAUAUACAGACAAUAUAAUGAAAAUUUAAUUUAAUUUCAUGGAACUUUCAGAAUGUUUUUUUCAAAGUUGACUACGGUACUCAGUUAGUUUAUUUAUAGGCAUGUUAAAGAUACUAUGUCAGAUUUUUUGCAGAUUUGACCCAAGGUAUUUUGAUGGGGGUCGAAAAAGUUAC